CACACCGCACCGGCAGGGAUUGAGGUGACAUACGAUAGAUGGUAUAGACGAAGUCGGUCAGGAGUAGACAAAAGCCACGACUUUGAGCAACCGGCAAUGUGUCGCGCGAAGCUCUUCUGGAACUAACAAAGUUUCGAACCUGAAAUGUCCGUUGGAAUUAAAGCGAUAUUAUUCGUCGAACAAUAUUAUCUCAAAGCGCGUGGUUUUUGAAAAUCAUAUCGCGGAUCCUUCAAACCCGAAUAAGUUUUAAAAAAAAGUUUUGAUAGUGACCGGAAAAGACCGUAAUCCAAAGUAGGAUAUCGGCCGGAUAUCGGACAGCGCGGGAGAAAGUGAAGGGCUGAAAUUCCUCCUAGCCGAAAUUCGAGCUAAAAAUCGAGUGUUGAAAUUGCGGGUAUAAUCGGUGAGCAACUCUAGUUGAAAUUACAUGGCAUUAUAAACCGCGACGUGGGAGCCGCGAGCUAUCAUCGAGCCUAAAGUGGAGACUUGUCUUUAUUGUCGGCCGUGGCUUGCCGUUACGACUCAAUCACUGACAAUAAGUCGUCGCAAGUAGAUGAAAGCCGAAAAGUUUUCUCUCGUUAUAUAGUAUAUCGCGUAGCAACAGACUCAAUUGUGCUGGAAAAAUGAAAGAUCUUAUGGUGAUCUGGAACACCUUAUCGCGCUGUCAAAUAUAUUCAUCAGUGAAUAUCAAUCCUAAUAUUGAGAAGCAAGUAGAGGACGAGACAAGGAUGCUAGCAAACCUUCAAAGAAAGUCCUCGGUGGUGGUGAACAAAUUCUUCAACACCGCUUUACCAGUGGAUUCCGACAGCAGACAAAACUGGUCGAAAAAUAUCUUCAUGCUCAUAAUUCUCAGUCUGCUUGGCCUCGCAAGCGGUUGCUUCAUACUGCUGUGCGACCCUUAUGAAUUACUCUUCAGAUGGAAAAUAAUCUUCGGCGACGGCGGUGAGAUUUUUGAGUAUUGGCGAAAACCCGAUGUCGACCUCUACGUUAAGAUCUACUUGUUUAAUGUAACAAACCACGACGAGUACCUAAGCGGCGAGGCGAACAAGUUACGAUUUCAAGAAAUUGGGCCCUAUGUGUAUAAAGAAUCAUUUGAGCAUUCAAAUGUAGUUUUCAAUGACAAUGGUACGUUAUCGGCAAUACCAGUGCAUCCACUGAAGUAUAUUCCAGAAAUGAGCAACGGCACGGAAGAGGAUCUCGUAAUAAUGCCAAACAUUGCACUGUUCAGCAUCACGAACGUCAUGAAAGAUGCCUCAUACUUAUCUAGGUGGGGUCUUAAUAUGCUUAUCCGUCAGACGGACACCAAACCGCUUGUUCAAAUGACCGCACAUGAAUUCAUGUUUGGUUACCAAUCGACUCUCGUCACUCUUGGCAAUCAUUUAAUGCCCUCCUGGAUUAAGUUCGAUAAAUUGGGAUUAAUCGAUAGGAUGUACGACUUUGAUGGCGAUUUUGAGACGUUUUACACGGGAGAAACAGAUUUACGAAUGAUAGGCUUGAUCGAUAAGUAUAAUGGGGACGUGAACUUACCACAAUGGACUGGUAAAUGCGCGAAUGUGCAAGGCGCGAGCGACGGUGUUAAGUUUCCGAGCUACAUCGAGCCUAACGACACAAUCCUCUUCUUUCGCAAGAGCCUCUGUCGAAGUGCACGCAUGGUACGAAUUGGAGAAAAAACGCUUCAAGGUUUAAAUACAUACAAAUACACAUUUAUGGAGAAUGAAUUGGAUAACGGAGCAGUAAAUCCAGAAAAUAAAUGCUUCUGUCGCAAAGGAGUCUGUCUAAAGCCCGGCUUAAUUGAUGUAACCGAUUGUUAUUACGGAUUUCCAAUUGCCUUGUCGUAUCCACAUUUUUACAAGAGUGACCCAUCGUUCCUAGAAGCCAUCGAAGGACUGGAACCCAAUAAGGAAUUGCAUGAAUCUUAUUUCUACAUUCAGCCGAAAUCCGGGAUACCCAUGAAUGUGGCAUCCCGAUUCCAAAUUAACAUGGUUCUACAGAAUAUCGGACACAUGGCUAGGGUGGAAAAGUUCCCCCAUAUGACAAUUCCAUUACUGUGGUUCGAAAUUGGAAUGUACGGACUGCCGUUAAAUAUGAGCCUCCGUUUUUGGUUUUACCUGAACUUCAUGCCAAUCCUGACAGAAGUAUCGAUGUAUUUGCUGUUCCUUUCCGGAGCGGUGUUGCUUGUCUGGUGCAUCAUGAGGAUACUGUUUCACCAGACGAAGAAAUCAUCAUCGGAAUGGCUGGAAAUGGAAAGGAAGCGACGAAAGGCACAGACGGACAAGCAAAUUGAUCCGAAGGUGAAAGACAUAGACGUUUACAGCACGCUUUUGACCUCUGGCGAUCCGAAUCUGACGAUGGUGUAAUUAUAGGUAUAGUGAUCGAGCUAUAAUAAGAAGGGACAAUACAUUAUUUCUUCAAUAGCUUUCUGGCCAUUAUCCUUAUUAGUUGUUGGUGAAACAAUGUGCAAAUAAAGUAAAGUAUAUUAUUUUACUAUAUUUAUAUACUAUAUAAUACUUUAUAUAUUAUUAGAUGCCCGCGUACAUGUUAAGUGAUGUCAGGGUAUCCAAAGUCACAUCAUUUGAUUUAAUCUCUAGUUUCUGAUGAAAUCAAUUCAUACAAAUACUUCCAUUUUUAUAGUUUUGAUUAUCUGAUUGUUAAUAAUUAACGGAAGUACUUUACGAAAUCUGCAUUUGAUUUUCCGUUACUUCAUAUUUUCAAUAACCAUCAUUAACCAGUUUUAUGAAAA